AUGCCGAGCUUGUCGAGCGUCUUGAUCAACUGCGGGCUACUGGCUUGCGCACAGUUAGCUUGCGCUUCACAGUUUAGCGGGCCGACGGAAGUGAAGAAGUAUCUCGCGGAGAAUGAGUACACUCUUUUAGCCUGUAAGUCAAAUAAAAGCCUUUUGAAAGAAUGGCAAACAGUCCAGAAAAGCGUCGCUUCCACCGCCGCCGUCGACUGUCUAGCCGCCCCUAAGCUCUGCCAAGAGAUGGAUGUUGCCUCAUUUCCCGCCAUCCGCCUCUAUCAAAAGAACGGACCAACAACACGAUAUCGAGGGCCUCGUCGGGCCGCAGCCAUCGAGGCUUUUGUGAAGCGGGCUCUUCGCCCGUCCGUGCAGGAUGUUGAUGGCCGGAAACUUGAUGAAUUCAUCACUAGCGAUGACGUUGUGUUUCUCCUUCGGCUGCAAGGCGAGGAUAAAGAUCUUGAAGCUCGAUUCCGCGACUUUGCGGACGAGUAUUCUGAUCGGUACUCGUUUGGCAUAACUACUGCCAAAUCGGAUUUCCCUGAUGGCAUAUGGUGCAGAAACGGUAUCGAUCAACGGGAGAACCAGGUACAAGACCUGGACGAUCCUAAUUCUCUCAAGAAUUUCCUCAAAAUUUGCACCGCGGAACUCAUCCCACAACUUACACGACGCAACGAAAUGACCCAUCUUUCUUCUGGGCGCUCCUUGGUCUACUACCUCUCCAACAGCGAAGAGGACCGCGAGAAAUACACCAAGGCCUUGAAGCGAGUAGCUGAUCGAUACGCCGAAUUCCUCCAGUUUGUAACCGUCGAUUCCAACGAGUAUCCCGACAUGGCGCGUAAUCUCGGCGUUCGCUCCCGCGGAGGUCUUGCGGUGCAGAAUAUUCACAACGGGCAGGUUUUCCCAUUCAGGGGAGAUGCUUCUUCGCCAGACGACAUUGACCUGUUCAUCGUGGCUAUUUCUGAAGGGAGGGCCCAGCCUUGGGACGGGACGUUUGAUGAAGAGCUAGACGGCGAGGGGGGCCAUGAUGAGCUUUGA